GGGAGCAACCGGGAUAUUAAGUGUCAGCGCUGGAGGGAGAAAUACAAGAGGAGGAAUCCCGGGAAACUGGUUUUACCCCUCCGUCCGGUGCCGGCGGCAGGACGGCGGCUGUGGCGGCGCUCCUCCCUCGGCAAAGGCAUAUAAUGCCUGCCAUGGUCCCGGGAGCCGGCACUGCACGGCGGGAGGCGGGCAGGGGUGCCGGGAGCAAGCCAUGGCCUCCAUGGGCAUGCAGGUGCUGGGCAUCGCCCUCUCCGUCAUCGGCUGGUUGGCCUCCAUCCUCUGCUGCGCGCUGCCCAUGUGGCGGGAGACGGCCUUCGUGGGGAACAACAUCGUGGUGGCCCAGAUCAUCUGGGAAGGGCUGUGGAUGAGCUGCGUGGUGCAGAGCACGGGGCAGAUGCAGUGCAAGGUCUACGACUCGCUGCUGGGCCUGCCCCAGGACCUGCAAGCCGCCCGUGCCAUGGUGGUGGUGGCCAUCGUCCUGGCCAUCCUGGGCACCCUGCUUGCCGUUGCCGGCGGCAAGUGCACCAACUGCGUGGAGGACGACACCGCCAAAGCCAGGGUCAUGAUUCUCUCAGGCAUCAUCUUCAUCGUGGCCGGCGUCCUCGUCCUCGUCCCCAUCUCUUGGUCAGCCAACAGCAUCGUCCAGGACUUCUACAACCCGCUGGUCGCCGACUCCCAGAAGCGGGACCUGGGCUCGUCCCUCUACAUUGGCUGGGCCGCCUCUGCUCUGCUGCUGCUGGGGGGGGGGAUCCUGUGCUGCACCUGCCCCCCCCGGGGGGAGAAGCCCUACUCUGCCAAGUUCACGGCCGCCCGUUCGCUGCCAGCCAGCAACUACGUGUAGGAGCCGCCGCUCCCGCCUGGACCCCCCGGCCAC